CUCCAUGUCUGUUUGUAUUCAUGUCUGUCCAUCUGUCUGUCUGUGUGUCUCCAUGUCUGUCUGUCUGUCUCCAAGUCACUGACUGUCUGUCCGCCUGUCUCUAUGUGUCUGUCUGUCCAUGUCUGUCUGUCUUUCUGUCUCCAAGUGUCUGUCUGUCUGUCUGUCUGUCUAUCUGUUUGUCCAUGUCUGUCUCCAAGUGUCUGUCUGUCUCCAUGUCUGUCUGUCUCCAUCUGUCAGUCUGUUUGUCUGAGUGUUUGUUUGUCUGUCUGUCUGUCGUUCUGAUUGUCUGACUACGUGUCUGUCUGUCUCCAUGUCUGUCUGUUUGUCUGUCAGUCUGUCUGCAUGUCUGUCUGUCUCCAUGUCUGUGUGUCUCCAUGUCUGUCUGUCUGUCUCCAAGUGACUGUCUGUCUGUCUGUCUGUCUAUCUGAAAGUGUCUGUCUGGUAUUGACCCAAAACACACCUAGAAGAUGACAACUGCCUUGCUGAGGAAGCUGAAGGUGAAGGUGAUGGACUGGCCAAGUAUGUAUCCAGCCCUAAACUCACCUGUGCACCUGUGUCUUCACAUCCAUCUGCUCCAUGAUGUCAUCAUGGAGGAGUGGGAGAGGAUUCCUGAAGCAACCUGUGAGCUCUGUUGCCUUGAUGGAUACAGUUUCAUGGAGAGGAAAUGCUGUAAAGAUAUGUUCACAGUUACGGACCACACGACGGUAAUGGAGAUGAAGGCCAGACCAACUCCACAUAGCUUCAUCUUUGUGGAUGAAGCUGGAUUCAACCUGGCAAAAACAUGCUGCAGAGGAAGGCAACUGUGGAUGUCCCAGGCCAGAGAGGAGAAAACAUUACAAUGUGUGCUGCCCUCUCCAGUGAUGGUGUGCUUUUGUACAAACCUCUCAUUGGUCCGUACAGUACAGAGAGGCUCAUUUCUUUCUUGGAUGACCUCCAUAAUCAGCUUCUGCCAGCAAGGGAGAGAGGUCAAAUGGCAAGAAACACAACAUUUGUUGUUGUGUGGGAUAAUGUGGCAUUCCACCACUCUGCUGCAGUCACUGACUGGUUUGCUGCACAUCCCAGGAUGUCUGUCCUUUUCUUGCCUCCAUACUCACCCUUCCUGAACCCCAUAGAGGACUUUUUCUCUGCGUGGAGGCGGAAGGUUUGUGACCACUCUCCACAUGACUAGCUGUCCUUGCUGGAUGCCAUGAAUGCAGGGUGUGGGGAUAUUACACCUGAAGCCUGUCAGGGUUGGAUCAGACAUUCUAAAAGAUUCUUCCCAAGGUGCCUUGCCAGAGAAGACAUAAGAUGUGAUGUUGACAAAAGCAU